UCAUUUAAAACUCUGAACUCUAAAAAUUGGAAGAAGAAUGACAAACUUUCUGAAUUACAGCUUGUCAGAUGUUGACAUCAUAUCUUAGUCUCUAAAGUGCAAGAUGGAAACAGAGAGACCUGUGAAACUCUUUUUACCUCCCAGGAUGAAUUUCAACUCCCUUUUAGCUGUUAAACCUCAAGAAAAUACUACAAACAUUGGGUCUGUUCAGGCUGUAAGCAAAUACUCAGAGAAAAAAGAGGCUGCUGUACCAUUUCUAAAAGCAGGACCUACUAAACUUUCAAAUCCAGAUCCUGUCAUUAAGAAGUUGCAUGUUCUUCCAGUAAAAGAGAUUCAGAAUGUUGAAAAUGUUGGUCAGCUUUAUAGUAAAUUAUAUCAGGAAAUGGAGAAGAUAAAGAGGUGGAAAGUUAACACAGAAUAUGAAACUCAACUGAAGGAAAAGACAAUUCAAGAAAAUAAAAAAACAAUUGAGACACAAUACAAAACCAUUCAGGAAUUCCAUUUUGAAAUUGAGCGUCUGGGAAUGAAGUUGGAAGAAGUGAUCAGUGAAAAUAAAGAUCAAAAAAUAAAGAACAAUGCUACAAGGCACUUGUGCAGUUUGCUAAAGGAAACAUUUGAAAGAUCCACAAAGAAAAUGAGUAUUUAUGAAACAGAAAGAGAAGAAACACAUCAGCUAUUCAUUCAAAACAAUGAAUUAAUCCAGAGGAUGGUGGUGGAUUUUGAAGACCUAAGAAUACAAGCAAUAAAUGAAAAAGAAAGUAUUAUUUUUAAAUUUAAAGAUAGGUUACAGAAAAGUGAAGAAUUUACCAAAGCAUGUGAAGCAGAAUUGAAGACAAAACAAAGCCAGGUGGAGAAGUUACAAAAAAAAUGCAAUGAGAAUGAAGAUGAACUUCAGAAAAUGCAUGUUUAUUUUCAAGAAUCCGUUAAAAAAUGUGACCAACAAGAAGAAGUUGCAAAAAUACUGCAUGAUGAUUUACUGAAAUCGCAAUAUAAACAAAAUGAACUUGUCAAACAACUGACAAAAGCAGAGCAGUCCUUAGAGGCAGCUAAGGCACACCAGAAAGACCUUGAAAUAUCACUAGAGAAAAGAGAGCAAAUGCUAAGGCAGCAAUUUAAAGAUAAGGAGGCAGAUUUGGAAAAACUUAAAACAACUAAAGAGCAUCAGUCUGUGACAAUUAAAAAUUUAAAAGAAACUGUUCAAAGUUUAGAAGCAGUGCUUAAAAUGGAGCAACAAAGGUUGAAGGAUUGUGAAGAAUCUUUAACCAAAAUUACCCUGGAACUUAAAGGCAAAAUCUUGGAAAUACAGGAAAAAGAAACACAUAAAAAAGAAAGGGAAAGAAAAAUCUUGGAGCUUGAGGGUGAUUUGGAUAUUGCCAGAAGGUCACUGGGUGAACUGGAAUAUAAGCUUAAAAAUGAAGAAAAUGAAACCGCAAAGUUGAAAGGCAAGAUGGAACUGGAAAAAAGUGAUUUUGAAGAUCUUAAGGUGUUAAAUGAGCAUCUUUUGAAUGAAAAUAAAUGCCUUAAUGAGAAUAUACAACAAUUACUAAUGGAGCAAAAUGAAUUUAAGGAUCUAAUAUAUGGAAAAGAGACUGAAGAAUGCAAAUUUAAAGAAGAAUUAUCUGCUUCAACUAAGGAAAAAGAUAUUGCGUUGCAAGAACUUAAUAAUCUUAAGAUUAAGCUGCAGCAAAAUGAGCAACAGCUCAAAGAUGUUACAGCAAGCUAUAAUAAGCUUAUGCUUGACAAAGAUAGUCUGCAACAGUUGUUAACAAAUUCAUGUUCUGAGGUUCAGAAACUAGAGAGUGAACUUCAAGUAAGAAUAAACUUUGAAAUUAUAGCAAGGACUAAAAUUGAGGAGCUUGAAAAGCAAGUCAACUUAUUAAGAGAAGAACAAGGAUGUCUGAAGGUUAACAUAGAACAGCUGAGUUUAGAAGCAGAAAAUAAACUGGAACUGGAGUUAAAUAACAGCAACUUGCAGAAUGAUCUUUCUAAAAUGGAAAAACAGUUGAAAACACUUGAAACCAAGCAUAACACACUGAAGAAACAGUUUGAGAAUAAAUGCAAAUCAUAUGAAGAACUUCAGCAAGAGAUCAAGGAUUUAAAAAUGGAACAAAAAAAGAAAGCAAAAGAGCAUGCUGAAGCUAUCAAAAAUCUAAGCAGGGAUUAUGAAUCUAAGCAAACAAUUGAAGCAGAUUUUUCAAAAGAGAUACAGAAACUUCAAGCUUCAUUAGAAGAAGCAGUUAAAAAUGAGAAAGAUGCAGAAGCAAAAUGUCAGAUGAAAAUAGCAGAAAUGGUUGCGUUAAUGGAAAAGCACAAGAUCCAGUAUGAUAAAAUGCUAGAAGAAAAAGAUGUUGAAUUGAAUCAGUGGAGGAAGAAAGAGCUAGAAUUCAGCAAAAAUCAAAAAUUACUGGAACAAGAGCUUUCAGAAGUCAGAAUUGAGUUGCUGUCCCUAAAACUACAGCACAGUACACCAACUAAAGAGAAGGAGGAAACUGAGCAGAAUAUAAAAGAAGUUAAACAGAGUCAUGGUUCUUUCAACAAACAGCCUAAUAAAAAGAAAUUGCAUUGUGAUAAACAAAAGAAUGUUUUGAUGAAGACACCAAACCAAAAAGAAACAAGUAAAUGGUUUAUGCAGAAUCCAAUGUGGACUCCAGUCCAAAAAAGCCAUAACAUUUCAGUCCUAAAGACAUAUAAAAUAAGAACACCACCUUGUUUUGAGAAUCUAGAAAAAAAAGAUACUGUAAUCAGGGAAGCUGCAAACAAAAAGCAUGCAAUGGCUUUGGAACUUGACUUUUGUUCAGAUAGUUCUGAGCAUGCUGAUUUACUGCAUAUCAGUGAUGACAGUUUGGCAACUCUUUUCUUGGAAUAA